CUUUGAGCAGUUAACAUCGUGAAUAAUUUGCUUUAAAAGCGUCCUGUUGAUCCGCAAAUAUGCCGAACGGUAACAAUAUUCAUAAUAAAGGCACAAAUUCCCAAGGCAAUGAAUAUACUGCCUAUGAAAAUGGGAAGUAUCGCUACACAAAUCCACGUGCUGAAGGUCAAGCCCCAACUCGUUAUUUCAACGAUGGAAAGGGACAUAGCUUUUAUCGUCAACCAGGACCUGAUGGAUAUUCUUUCCAUGAGAAUGCCAAUCAAGGAUUUCGCGAUUACAAGCCAAAUAAUCCAAAGAAGUAAGUACCUUUAGUUUUGAAAGAUAAACAAAAAUGAAUUAAAGAGAUGAUCAUCCUGAAUUAACAAAAAUAACCAGUGAAAUAAUCAGUUCCAUAAUGAAAUAAUAAUCAAAAAAAUCUAAUGAAUUACAGAAAUAUAAAAUUAAUGAAUUAACACAGUUUUAGAUUUAAAUUACACACGUUUAAAUGCCAUAAAGCCG